AUGGCUUCAACCCCUCCGACAACCUACGAUAGCCGGCACAACAUCACAUGGGGUAUCAAUGGGUUCGUCAUUGUUCUGACUAUACUCUCUGUUGUGCUCCGCUUUUACACUCGCAUCUUCACCCGUGCCGGAUUGAAAGCCGACGACUGGUUAAUUCUAUUCGCUCUUAUCACUUCUCUGACGACCGUGGUGUUGGUGAUCUGGGGGAACUCUGUUAACCCGAACGGACUCCGUGCAUCAGACAAUACGAGUCAGAACUACGUCUACUCGUCCCUGGAUCAUCUAUACAUCAGAUUAUCAUAUGCCUCUACCAUCCUCUAUUUCACUGUCUCCGGUGCCACCAAGCUUGGAAUCCUACUCAUGUACCAUCGCAUCUUCGCCAUCAGUCGAGCCUUUCGGUAUCAGUUAUUCGUCGUGAGCGCCUUGGUUAUCGGCUGGUGGUUUGGGUGCACCGUUGCCGCGCUGCGGAAGUGCAAGGAUCUCGAGGUUGGUCUGAAUAGUACACUGAACGAUCCGAGGUACUGCAUCAACUUCAAUGUCUACUGGAUGGCGGCCGGGGUAUGCGAAAUUCUUCUUGACGCCUGGAUCCUGACCUUACCCUUAAGCGUAGUGUUGAGGAUGCACUAUUCGCUGAGACAGAAAUUCGUCGUCUCGGGAAUCUUCUUAUUAGGAGCUUUGUACGUCCCCCUUUUUCAGGUACUUCUCUAA